AUUCAGCGGUCCUUUGCUGACGGCACCCGAGCUCUGUGGGAAGGCAGUGGCCCUGGUGUCUGUAAGAAGAUGUCCUACGGAUCCAUCGCUGGCAGUGGUGGCCCGGGGAGCCAUGGCCCUUUUGGGGGACCCUCCAGGCAAGGCUAUCAGCCCCUAGAAUGCGCUGAAUGUCGGACCGAGUACGGAACCCGCCAUUUCCCCUGCCUGUCGCCAGAGAGCAGCCCGCAGGACCCCUGUGUGGGCCAGGACGGGGAAGGUGAUCUGGGGUCGGCGGGCACGCCCAGAGGCCCGAGGGCCAGGAAGCGAGGGCCAGGGGUCACUCCUGAAGGCAGUGGGGCACCGGGGCCCACCUCGCUGCCCGCUGCUGGCCCGAGGAAGGACUGCACCCGUGGGGCCCGUGGCCGGCUGGCGGGGCCCAGUGCCACGCGGGCCAAGAAGAGGAAGCCCAACUUCUGCCCACAGGAGACGGAGGUCCUGGUGUCCAAGGUCAGCAAGCACCACCAGCUGCUGUUCGGUCCGGGGCUGCUGAAGGCCGAGCCGGCCCGCAGGUACUGUGUGUGGAGCUGCAUCCUGCAGGCCGUGAACGCCCUGGGCUACUGCCGCCGCGACAUCGUGGACCUCAAGCACAAGUGGCGGGACCUGCGUGCCGUCGUGCGGCGCAAACUGGGUGACCUGCAGCGUGUGGCCCACGGCCCCGGCGGGCCCCAGGCCCUGGCCCUCACGCCCGUGGAGCAGGCGGUGGCCAAGACCUUCUCCUGCCAGGCCCUGUCCCCCGAGGGCUUCGGCCCGGAGCCGCUCCCAGCCACCCAGGUGGACCCAGCUGACCUCCAGGAGCUGUUCCAGCAGACGUCGGCCAGCGUCUUCCGAAUCAACUCCAAUGUGACCUCCUUGGAGCAGAGCCUCCAGGCCCUGGGGACGCCGAAUGACAUGCAGGAGCUGAGGGAGAGCCUGCACACGGUGCAGCAGGAGACCAACAAGACCAUUGAGGCCAGCACCAGUGCCCUGAGGCAGAUGUCGGCGCUCCUGCGGGGCUGCUCCCGGGUAUCCCACCUUCUCCCUUUGCAGCAGGAGUGUGUUCAGCUGGACCGCCUGAAAACUCAGCUCUCGGAUGCCAUUCAGCGCUAUGGCGUGGUGCAGAAGAAAAUUGCAGAGAAGUCCAGAGCCCUGCUUCCCACGGCACAGCGGGGUGGCAAACAGCAGAGUCCCCGGGCGCCUUUUGCUGAGCUGCCUGAUGAUGAAAAGAUCUUUAAUGGGGGUGACAGCAUGUGGCAGGGCCAGGAGCAGGCGCUGCUUCCGGAGAUCACAGAGGAGGACCUGGGGGCCAUCCGGCUGCGUGAGGAGGCCAUCCUGCAGAUUGAGAGUGACUUGUUGGAUGUCAAUCAGAUCAUCAAGGACUUGGCCUCUAUGGUGUCAGAGCAAGGGGAUGCCAUAGGGUCCGGCAGCAGCAACACGUCCCGGCAGAGCUCCAGCCCAGAGCCAGCCGUGACGGCCCUGCUGCCCGGGCUGGGCUGUGCGCCCCUGCGGCGGGGCCUCCACUCCCGCACCAAGACGCGCAAGCCCAACUUCAGCCCCCAGGAGACGGAGGUGCUGGUGCAGAGGGUGGCACGCCACCACCCGCUGCUGUUCGGGGCGCUGCGGGGCACGCCCUCCCGGAAACACCGCGUGUGGAGCAAGAUCCUGCAGGCGGUGAACGCGCUGGGCUACUGCCGGAGGGACCUGGGCGACCUCAAGCACAAGUGGAGGGACCUGCGAGGGGCGGUGCGCAAGAAACUGGCAGAGCGCCCACGGGCCCCCGGCCUCAUCCUUACCCCUGUCGAGCGCAUGGUGGCCGAGACCUUCUCAGCCCCAGGCCCCCUAGGCGAGGGCCAGGCUGCCGAGCCCCUGCCAACGGACGAGGAGGAUGAGACCCCCAGCUGCCUCUGGCUACCCCUGCGGACUCUGGAAGGGCCGAGCCUGCCUGAACCUGACCCCUUGGACCUACGAGGAACUAUCCCUGCGCCUACCUCCUCGCCCUCCCCACCGGCCUCCCCAGCCUCCCCAGCCUCGGUGCCUCCUGCGGCUGCGUUCCCAGGGGCUCUUGGGCCCUCCCCGCCCUCCACUGCACCACCCCCACCCCCUGGGAGGCCCGCGGGGGAGGCCUCCGAGUUUGAGCAGCGGUUGCUGGACUCCCAUCGGCGACAGGGAGCCCUGCUCUCCCACUGGUCCCAGCAGCAGAGCGCACUGAUGGCCCAGCAGAACCUGCUGCUGCAGAGGCUGGUGGAGCAGAGCCAGCGGCUGGCCGACGGCAUGGAGGCCCUCAACCGGACCCUCGAGAAGCUGGUGGAGGCCUGCCCGGGGCGGGGAUCCUCGCCCCCUGUUGUGGAUGGCACCCCUGCUGGCGGAGCGGCCUGUGGGCCCACCAGAGGCUCCCAGAGCAGCCCCCAGGGCCCCCACCCAGGCCUGGAGGUCUUCUCAGGGAUGAUCCUGAAGGUGGAGGAGGAGGUCUAGGGUCUGGCCCCCAGAGGACUGCACACAGCAGGGACUCCAGCCCUUCUGGGAGGUGGGCUGGGCGACAGCCGGGCAGAGUUGGGGCCUCGACGGAGCCAUCGAGGACAAAGGACACCUUCAUAGGCAUUGUCUGUGGGGCUCAGUGACAUGCAGGGAAAGGCUCUGGGGCCGGUCUGUGGGUCCUGGGCAGAAGUUACUCAGGGACGUUGUGGCUGGAGGAGGCGGACGGGCGCUGGCUGAGCCCAGCCUCUGCUCCCCAUUCCGUGCUCUCACCGGCUGCACUGAGUGCCUUGGAGGCCAGCGCUGGCACCUCCCUGUGGCUGCACGCCUGGGGUGCCCCCUCGAAGCCACCUCCUCCUGCUCCUCCUGGAUGUGUGGGGUCUGCGGGCUGGGCUCCGGCACUUCCCUCGAUUCUGCCAAGGGUACCACAUCUCGUGGGCCUGCAGUCAUUUCUCCCAGUUUAGAUCUGUGGUGUGAUAGACACAUGGACGCGUAUGUGUGACUUGGUACUGUAUGGGGGGAUGCCAUUUUGUACCUCCUGAUUUUCUUGCAAAAAAAUUAUUUUUCUUAUAUAAGCAUAAAAUAAUGAAAAAGUCAGGAACUGUAAUGA